AGUUGGCCCAGGCGCAGAGCAUUUGCGCCCCUAGUUUGGCCCAGCCACCUGCUGCUCCAGUCGGUUGGUGCGGCUCUGCUGGCCGGCUGGCCAGACUCCCACCAGUGUGGCUCCGCCCACUGUCUCUGCCUGUUGGCUGCCUCCACCUGCUGGCGCAACUAGUUGGCUGCCUCCCACUGGCGCAGCUCCACUGGCCGCCAUUGCUAUUAUCUGUCCUUCUCGUGAGAGUUCCGCCACACUCGCGAGAUUUCCGCCACGCAUUAAAACCGGCACGUCUUGGAUAAAAUAAGGUAUCUACUUGCUUCUGAAAAGCACUCUUUCAAUGGCACACAUCAGUAUAAACCAGUAUUUACAACAGGUACUAGAAACUAUUGAAAACAGAGAUGGAUUGUUUUGUGCAGAAUUGGUAUCAUUUAAACAUCCUCAUGUUGCAAAUCCUAGACUUCAGCUUUCAUCCCCAGAAGAAAAAUGUCAACAAGUGCUGGAACCACCAUAUGAUGAAAUGUUUGCUGCCCACUUAAGAUGUACUUACGCUGUUGCCAACCAUGACUUUGUAGAAGCUUAUAAAUGCCAGACGGUUAUAGUACAAUCUUUCUUGAGAGCCUUUCAAGCACACAAAGAAGAAAACUGGGCUCUGCCUAUUAUGUAUGCAGUAGCACUUGAUCUUCGAAUUUUUGCUAAUAACGCUGACCAACAGUUGGUGAAAAGAGGCAAAGGCAAAGUUGGUGACAUGUUGGAAAAAGCAGCCGAGCUCCUUAUGAGUUGUUUCCGAGUCUGUGCCAGUGACACACGAGCUGGUAUUGAGGAUUCUAAAAAGUGGGGCAUGUUGUUUCUGGUCAAUCAGCUAUUUAAAAUUUAUUUUAAGAUUAACAAACUUCAUCUGUGCAAACCCCUCAUAAGAGCAAUUGAUAGCUCAAAUCUUAAAGAUGAAUACAGCAUGGCACAGAGGGUCACAUACAGAUAUUACGUUGGACGGAAGGCUAUGUUUGAUAGUGACUUUAAACAAGCUGAAGAGUAUCUCUCUUUUGCCUUUGAGCACUGUCACCGUUCAAGCCAGAAAAACAAAAGGAUGAUUUUGAUUUAUUUGCUGCCAGUGAAAAUGUUACUGGGCCAAAUGCCAAUGAUCCAGCUUUUAAAAAAAUAUGACCUCAUGCAAUUUGCAGAAGUAACAAAGGCUGUGAGUGAAGGAAACCUGCUCUUGUUGAAUGAUGCUCUAGCAAAACAUGAGAUAUUCUUCAUUCGCUGUGGUAUCUUCCUUAUCCUUGAGAAGUUGAAAAUAAUCACUUAUAGGAAUCUCUUCAAGAAAGUGUAUUUGUUACUCAAAACCCACCAGCUGUCUCUAGACGCCUUUCUGGUUGCCCUGAAAUUCAUGAAAGUCAAUGAUGUUGACAUUGAUGAAGUCCAGUGCAUUCUUGCUAACCUCAUAUACAUGGGUCACAUUAAAGGUUAUAUCUCGCACCAACACCAGAAGCUUGUGGUCAGCAAGCAGAACCCAUUCCCCCCACUUUCAACUGUCUGUUGAAUCUACUGUGACCUAGAUGGAGAAGUGCUGCUCCAGAACAUGGCUGUCUGCUUGAGUGGCUCUUCCCGCAAGGUGGAACUGGAUUUAACCCUAUCUGCUGGAUUGCUGAUAAGUGUUUCAAGAAACAGCUACAGUGCAGCAUUGCCCUCUUGCUAAAUGUUUGCUCAGAAAUGUUACUCAAAGUUGUAGUUUGCACUUGUGUGUUUGUAUAUGGAUAUUACCAAACUGUUUUUAUAAAUACCAGUAAAUGCUAAACGUUUAGGAAUAUGUAUUCAAACUUUAUGCAGGAGUCAGAAAAUAAGACACCCCAUUUUUAUAAAUGGAUUCAGCUGAUUGCUUGAAACGCUCAACUCUUUGUGAGAGCCUUUUGUAAGGCUUGCUUGCCUCAUGCAAGUUGAGUGUCUCUUUUAAGACUUUCCCAGACAUUUGGGAUCUCUGUUCAGCACCUUUUAUAUCAUUGGCUGCAAUAAUAGAAUAUUUUGAAUUUACACAAAAAUAAGAGUCUGCAUGGAUUGUUUCCUCUGUAGUCUGCAGUGGUAGAAAUGGUUGCUCUUGGGUAGAUUUGUAAAAAAAUAUUCUGAUACAUGGUAGAAUAAUUCUCCAGAACUAUUCUCUCCUAUGCUAAAUAAUGCAGGAGAAUAUUCUUUUACAAGUCUACUAAUGGGUAUUUUAAGUGUUUCUGCUAUUUUUUUCUGUAGUGUUACAGAAAUAAACAUUAGUGCUAGUGUUACAGAAAUAAACCAUAAUCAUUUAUAUGGAAGAGAAUACAAGGGUAGUUAAGAGGAACAUUUUAAUCACAUUUGAAUGUAUGGCAAGAUUUAAUGCAACGAUCAGAGGUAGCCUUCUGAUGAUACAAUUAUGGAGACAUCCUAAAGGAGGGCAAGUGGAAGCAGGUCCCUCUUGAGGUGUUGUUGAACUCCCACCAGAUGGGCAUACGCUCCAUGCUUAUUAAACCCACAUCACAGAGCCACAGAAAUCAGGAGGGCAGUUACAGUUAUAAGAAUUUAGCCAUGUAGAACUCGCAUUGUAUGUUGUUCUUUGCCUGUGCAUUACACUAAAUAGAGCUAUUUUGCAGGAAGAGAAAGUGGCAUUUCUAACACGUUUUUUAAAAAAUCCACACACUUUUGUGAAAAUGAGACCAAAUAGAAUGUGAAUAAAGCACCAUUAAGAGACAGUCAAUGAGUGUUUCUGUUAACUAAGAACAGAUUUAUUUUAAACAGUUAAACAUACAUAAUAUUUACAGUAGUGACCUUGUACUUGAAUACAUGUAAAUGCUGAACCUUGCAAACCUCCAUAUUCUUCUGUGAUAGCAUUCAAUUACUUCAUUGUUUGUUUGAACCACAUCAUGUAUCUUGUAGUCUUGGUGAAUACAAGCAUUUUCCACUCA